UUUUCUUCCGAUGCAAUUUUAAGGUUAUAAUGUUAGAGAAUUGUCAAAAUUUACGUUGAAUAUUUUCACGGAAUUUGUCAAUUUUGCAAAUUUUAAAGGUGUACUAAGAUAAAGUGAAUUUAUCCAACGCGCCAUAAUUAAGAAAUAUUGUGUGAACAAAAGCAUACUAGCAGAGGUUACAGUGUUACUUGUCAUUGAGAUGAGAUCUCAAAGGUGGAGGAAAAGACGCACUUUUCUGUAAAUUACCAGUCAUCUGUACAGUAUCAUUGAAGUUUGUCCUUAUCCUAUGGUGAAAACAUUCAAUUAGUGCAAAUAUAUCAGUGAAACACCCAAGCGUACUUGAAAUAUAUCAAAAUGACUAUGAGCCAAUCAUCUGUUAUUAAACUCUACAAUACAGUGGUAGAUGACGUUAUAGCUGGAGUGAGAGACUGUUUUUUAGACGAUGGAGUAGAUGAGCAGGUGCUACAAGAGCUAAAACAGCUAUGGAAAACCAAAUUGACAGCAUCAGGAGCCAUGGACCCGCCGCAGCCGGACUCGGUGGCCAUGCCGCCGCCCGUGCUGCAGAACUUCCAGAAGGCCAAUGGCGGCGCCAUCAAGCGCGCGCCCGCCGAGCACCUGCCGCAGGGCUCCGGCCAGGGCUCCAGCGCCGACCACCCCCCCGCCCCCAACAUGGGCGGCGCUCACCCACAUCAGAUGCUAGAUCCCAGCAAUCGAGUGCCCGUGCAGCUCACCCUGCCGGCCCAGCCCGGAGUACCUGGAUCCCAGCCGAGAUCAUUUACUAUCCAAAUCCCGGCAUCAGCGCUUAAUGGAAAUAAACUACAUCAAGUCUUAACAGGACCCAUAAUUAAUGCAACACUUAGUUUGCCUCAACCACUAGCAGCCACCCUGCUCCAGCAACAUAUAAAUUCAGCAUUAGCAAGUCAACAAAAUGAAUUUGAUGGUGGUGGAGGUGGCCGCAGUGGCGCUGCACCUUUCUCCCUGGAUGGUGCCCUGGACUCCUCCGAUGAUGAUGGUUCUAAUGCUGGCGAUGGCUCGGAUGACGGGGCCGGUGAUGAUGAUGAAGAUGAAGAAUCUGCUGAGGAGCGAGCAGAGGAAGAGGAGGAGGAGCGGGACGAGAGCGGUGGAGCAGAAGAGGAGCCUCUCAACUCUGGUGAUGAUGUGUCAGAUGAAGAACCCGGUGAUAUGUUUGAAACUGACAAUGUUGUGGUCUGUCAAUAUGACAAGAUCACCCGCAGUCGUAACAAAUGGAAGUUUUACUUGAAAGAUGGCAUAAUGAACCUAGCAGGGAAAGAUUACGUUUUUCAGAAAGCAAGUGGUGAUGCUGAAUGGUGAAUUGUGAAUUUGCUUAUAAUGUGUAUAAAUGAGAAAAUUAGUGUGUAUUUUUAUAUAAUAAUGUUGUAAAUUGAUAAUUUUCGACAGUUAGCUAUAAUUUGUAUAAAGAAUGUGUAGAAUACACAAAUUUACAAGUGUCAAUCAUUGAAUGAACAUUAUGGAUGGAGUGAUAGAGUAUCAAUCUGCUAUGGGUAGUGAUGAAGUGACUUGUAUUCAUUGUACUAAUGUUAUGAGAUGUUAACUAAUUAAUCUAAUUAUUACUUGGUUUAUUUCUACAUCCAUAUGUAAACAAAUUGCUUUCUUCUUUAAUUUAACACUUGUGCUAAUUCAUAAAUGUUCUCUUGCAACAUUAAAACUCUGCCAGUAUGUUUGAUUUCUGAAGGUGUUCUGUUCCAGUGAAUAAUACUUUUUCACAACUCUAGCUCAUCAUUAGUUAGACUGAUUGACUCUCUCUGUUACCAAAGCUGCAAAGUUGCAAUGCUCCUGUUUAUUUGAAACCAAAAACUUGAACUUAUUUGUCUUUAUAUCUUUGUUUAACUUGCCACUUCAGGUCCUUUAAUUAUGAUAUGAGUGACGUAUUGGGCUCAAUAACAUAAAAAAAAUAUCAUUUUGUAUCUAUAUGCCUUCACACAUGCUUAAUUUGUAUCUAAACUUUCCUUUAUCAUAUGAAAUUAAUGAUCUGUAAGGUAAAAUAGUCAAAGUCACAGGUUGAUUGUAGCAUUGUUAUUCACAUUUAUUACUUCUGUUGUGAAUAAAGAUUGCCAAGUCUGUUAUCGUUAACUUCUUGUGUAAAAUGAGUAAAGAACUCCACUAUUGUGUAAGUAGAACUGCUCCAGAACUGCCUGAACCAUACAGACUUGUUUAGUAUUGUGCCAUAAAAAAAAAAAUAUUGAUCAAUCUGAUCGCAAACAAUUUUGGUAAGCUCAACUAAUUCUGUGUAUACUACCUUAUUUUUCAUAAAACAUUUAUAACCAAAUAUGCAUGCACAUAAAUUAUGUGGUAAUUUGUCAAAGAUACAUUCAAUAUAAUUUAGUUACAUAAAAAUAAUUCUGAUACAAUUUUGUCAAAAAUGGCAUGUGCUGUGGAAAUUAAUGUUGUGACUAUAGUCGGUAUGUAUGUAUGUAGCUACCUACAGAUAUUAAAUCCUUCCCAAUUCACAAACUGAAUUUUAAAACUGUUUUAAUUUAGUUACGGAUGUCUUAUAAUUAAUUAAUGUAAUUUGCACUUGCAGUAAUUGUUUCAAAUUCUAUCUAGCACUUAUUGCGGUAUUUUUGUUUUAAAAUGUGAUACAUAAGUAUGGUAGUUCAUACUCUUUAUUUUAGGUACCUACUAGAAGUUAGUAAUUAUUCUGAUUUCGUUUUAUAUUUCAUUUAAUACAUAAGACUUUGGGCCACAGCAUAAAUUAAUAUAUUAUUUUACCUACCUAUCCUAGUUCUCAAAUUGGUUUUAUUUUUCUUGUGGUUUGUCUGAUAUUUCACAAUAAGACGUUUCCUAUAAGUGGUGAUUAUAAAUAAAAUAUGUUACAAUUACGAAA